AAGUGACUUUUAUUCUCUGCAGUGUUGUUGUCUUGCCUCCACAGCGUUGUGCGAACGGAGUGAAGUCGGAAUACUUUUACUGACAUUUAGUAUUUAAAUAGCGCCUUAGAGCGUUUUCUGGUACCAUGUAUGAUCCAGAUGAGGAGACCCAGUAUGACGAAGAUGAAGAUGAAAUCACCUCCGAUUUGUGGCAGGAAGCCUGUUGGAUUGUUAUCAGCUCGUACUUUGACGAGAAGGGUCUGGUGCGACAGCAGCUGGACUCAUUUGAUGAGUUCAUCCAGAUGUCCGUCCAGAGGAUCGUGGAGGACGCCCCGCCCAUCGACCUGCAGGCUGAGGCACAGCACACCUCCGGGGAGGUGGAGGAUCCGCCACGCUACCUGCUGAAGUUUGAGCAGAUCUACCUGUCCAAGCCCACCCACUGGGAGAGAGACGGCGCCCCAUCUCCCAUGAUGCCCAACGAAGCUCGCCUUCGCAACCUCACGUACUCGGCCCCUCUCUACGUGGACAUCACCAAAACCAUCAUCAAGGAGGGCGAGGACCAGCUGCUGACCCAGCACCAGAAGACCUUCAUCGGAAAAAUCCCCAUCAUGCUCCGCUCCACCUACUGCCUGCUCAGCGGCCUGACGGAUCGUGAUCUGUGUGAGCUCAACGAGUGUCCCCUGGACCCCGGGGGCUACUUCAUCAUCAACGGCUCCGAGAAGGUCCUGAUCGCCCAGGAGAAGAUGGCCACCAACACAGUGUAUGUGUUUGCCAAGAAGGACUCCAAGUACGCCUACACAGGGGAGUGCCGGUCCUGCCUGGAGAACUCCUCUCGCCCCACCAGCUCCAUCUGGGUCAGCAUGAUGGCCAGAGGAGGCCAGGGAGUAAAGAAGAGCGCCAUUGGGCAGAGGAUCGUGUCCACACUGCCAUACAUUCGGCAGGAAGUGCCCAUCAUCAUCGUGUUCCGAGCGCUGGGGUUCGUGUCCGACAGAGACAUCCUGGAGCACAUCAUCUACGACUUCGACGACCCCGAGAUGAUGGAGAUGGUAAAACCCUCUCUGGAUGAGGCCUUUGUGAUCCAGGAGCAGAAUGUGGCUCUCAACUUCAUCGGCUCCAGAGGUGCCAAGCCCGGGGUCACCAAGGAGAGGAGGAUCAAGUAUGCCAAGGAGGUGCUGCAGAAGGAGGUGCUGCCCCAUGUGGGAGUCAGCGACUUCUGCGAGACCAAGAAGGCCUACUUCCUGGGGUACAUGGUUCACAGACUUCUCUUGGCUGCCCUUGGAAGAAGAGAGCUGGAUGACAGGGAUCACUAUGGCAACAAGAGGCUGGACCUGGCCGGCCCGCUAUUGGCUUUCCUUUUCAGAGGGAUGUUCAAGAACCUUCUGAAGGAGAUCCGCAUCUACGCCCAGAAGUUCAUCGACCGCGGGAAGGACUUCAACCUGGAGCUGGCCAUCAAGACUCGCAUCAUCUCGGACGGCCUCAAGUACUCUCUGGCCACAGGCAACUGGGGAGACGUGAAGAAGGCCCAUCAGGCCAGGGCGGGAGUAUCCCAGGUGUUGAACAGGUUGACCUUCGCCUCCACGCUGUCUCAUCUGCGGCGCCUCAACUCGCCCAUCGGAAGGGACGGCAAGCUGGCCAAGCCCCGGCAGCUGCACAACACCCUGUGGGGGAUGAUCUGUCCCGCAGAGACCCCCGAGGGGCACGCUGUAGGCCUGGUGAAGAACCUGGCCCUCAUGGCCUACAUCUCCGUGGGCUCCCAGCCCUCUCCCAUCCUGGAGUUCUUGGAGGAGUGGAGCAUGGAGAACUUGGAGGAGAUCUCCCCGGCUGCCAUUGCAGACGCCACUAAGAUCUUUGUGAACGGCUGCUGGGUGGGGAUCCACAAGGACCCGGAGCAGCUGAUGAACACCCUGAGGAAGCUCCGCAGGCAGAUGGACAUCAUCGUCUCUGAGGUGUCGAUGAUCCGGGACAUCCGAGAGCGAGAGAUCCGGAUCUACACGGACGCCGGACGCAUCUGUCGGCCCCUGCUGAUCGUGGAGAAACAGAAGCUGCUGCUGAAGAGGAGACACAUCGACCAGCUCAAGGAGCGAGAGUACAACAACUACAGUUGGCAGGACCUGGUUGCCAGUGGCGUGGUGGAGUACAUCGACACCCUGGAGGAGGAGACGGUCAUGCUGGCCAUGACCCCCGAUGACCUCCAGGAGAAGGGCGUGGCCUACUGCUCCACCUACACCCACUGUGAGAUCCACCCCUCCAUGAUCCUGGGAGUCUGCGCCUCCAUCAUCCCCUUCCCCGAUCACAACCAGUCUCCCAGGAACACGUACCAGUCUGCUAUGGGUAAGCAGGCUAUGGGCGUGUACAUCACCAACUUCCACGUGCGCAUGGACACACUGGCCCAUGUGCUGUACUACCCCCAGAAACCUCUGGUCACCACCCGCUCCAUGGAGUACCUGCGCUUCAGAGAACUGCCAGCAGGCAUCAACUCCAUCGUGGCCAUCGCUUCCUACACGGGUUACAACCAGGAGGACUCUGUCAUCAUGAACAGGUCUGCGGUGGACCGGGGAUUCUUCAGGUCUGUGUUCUACCGCUCCUACAAAGAGCAGGAGUCGAAGAAGGGCUUCGACCAGGAGGAGAUCUUCGAGAAGCCCACGCGGGAAACCUGCCAGGGCAUGCGACACGCCAUCUACGACAAGCUGGACGACGACGGGCUGAUUGCGCCGGGCGUGCGCGUCUCCGGCGAGGACGUGAUCAUCGGCAAGACGGUGACGCUGCCGGAGAACGACGACGAGCUGGACAGCACCAACCGCCGCUACACCAAGCGCGACUGCAGCACCUUCCUGCGCACCAGCGAGACGGGCAUCGUGGACCAGGUCAUGGUCACCCUCAACCAGGAGGGCUACAAGUUCUGCAAGAUCAGGGUCCGCUCCGUCCGCAUCCCCCAGAUCGGAGACAAGUUUGCCAGCCGACACGGACAGAAGGGUACCUGCGGAAUCCAGUACCGACAAGAGGAUAUGCCCUUCACGUGUGAGGGGAUCACGCCAGACAUCAUCAUCAACCCCCACGCUAUCCCCUCUCGAAUGACAGUCGGUCACUUGAUCGAGUGUCUGCAGGGCAAGGUUUCUGCAAACAAGGGCGAGAUCGGCGACGCCACGCCGUUCAACGACGCGGUCAACGUGCAGAAGGUCUCCAACCUGCUGUCCGAGUACGGCUACCACCUGAGGGGCAACGAGGUUCUCUACAACGGCUUCACCGGCCGCAAGCUCACCUCCCAGAUCUUCAUCGGGCCCACAUACUACCAGCGCCUCAAGCACAUGGUGGACGACAAGAUCCACUCCCGGGCCCGAGGGCCCGUCCAGAUCCUCAACAGACAGCCCAUGGAGGGCAGAUCGCGUGAUGGCGGUCUGCGUUUCGGUGAGAUGGAGCGUGAUUGUCAGAUCGCCCACGGCGCCGCCCAGUUCCUGAAGGAGCGUCUGUUCGAGGCGUCCGACCCCUACCAGGUGCACGUGUGCAACCUGUGCGGCCUCAUGGCCAUCGCCAACACGCGCACCCACACCUACGAGUGUCGCGGCUGCCGCAACAAAACCCAGAUCUCGCUGGUGCGGAUGCCCUAUGCCUGCAAGCUCCUCUUCCAGGAGCUCAUGUCCAUGAGCAUCGCCCCUCGCAUGAUGACCUCCUAGGGCCCGAAGUCGAGCCGAGGUCACCACCUGCCGCCCCGGGUCCGCUCGCUCAGACCGCGCUUCUGGGCUUCCGUGAAACGCGUGGAGCUCCACCGGUGUGGAGGAAUGUCCCGGACGGAUCUAAAGUGUCCACUUCACGACGAUCACAAAUGGAAAAGCUAGACUCACCAGUAACGCGUAAACUGAAACUCUGUGGAGCUGCUUUACUUUCUUUUUUUAGGUCUUUGUGAAGUCCGGUGUACUGAGAGAGUUCUGGGGAAUCAUAUUGAUAGUCAUGUUCUCUGUUUUGUAAAAUUUGAAUAAAUCAUGCUUUUUAUGA